GAAGUGAAGUGUUCUUCACAACAUUCACUCUGAGCUCUUUGCCUUGCUGUCAGAAGCUGUGGGACUUUUAUUUUGUAGCUUCCACCGACAGGAAGUGAAGCAUGUAAUGUGACUUUAAUCUGACGAUGACCUGAGUCCGCAUCAAAGUCCAAACUGUGGGCUGAAACCAGGGCGCGGACCAACAUGGCGGAUCAGAAGAAGAUCCUGUGUGUGGGUCUGGUUUGUCUGGACAUCAUCAGCGUGGUGGAGGAAUACCCGGAAGAGGACACCGACACCAGGUGUGUGUCGCAGCGAUGGCAGCGUGGAGGAAACGCUUCCAACUCCUGUACGGUUCUGUCCCUGCUGGGGGCGCCGUGCGCCUUCAUGGGCUCUCUGGCCGCCGGGCCGGUGGCAGAGUGAGUAUCAGUCCGUUCAUCAGCUUUGUUUUGGAGGAUUUUCAGAAGUUUGGUAUCGACGUGUCUCUGGUUUCUGAGCAUGCUCAGUGCGUAUCUCCGGCCUCCGUUGUCAUCAGCAACAUCCGCACAGGAAGCAGAACCAUCCUGCAUAUGAACAGUUUCAUCAUGGCCGACUUCUUGCAGCGUGCCAUUGACGUGUCAGCGGUUGCUUGGCAGGUCAAAGGUCAAACUCCAAGUGCAUGUUGCGUGGUUUGUCCAUCCAGCGGCUCUCGAACCGUCCUUCUCUACGAUACGGAUCUUCCUGACGUAACGGCCCAGGACUUUUCCAGAGUCGACCUGGCUCAGUUCAAGUGGAUCCACUGGGAGGGCCGUAACGCUGGCGAACAGGUGAAGAUGAUCCAGCAGGUUGAGAAGUUUAACGCCCAGCUUCCUGACCAUCAGAGGAUCGGCAUCUCCGUGGAGAUUGAGAAAACCAGAGAGCCGCUGUACGAGCUUUUCCCCUACGGAGACGUGGUAUUUGUCAGCAAAGAUGUCGCUCGUCACUUUGGCUUUGACUCGCCUGAAGCGGCUCUGAGAGGACUCUACCCUCGAGUGAAGAAGGGGGCUGUCCUGAUCUGUGCCUGGGCAGAAAAAGGAGCCGACGCUUUGGGUCCUGACGGUCUGCUGCUCCAUUCCGAUGCUUUUCCUCCUGAAAUGCUGGUGGACACGCUGGGAGCCGGAGACACCUUCAACGCCGGCGUCCUCCACACGCUGUCCAACGGAGGAAGUGUGCAGGACGCGCUGGCCUUUGGCUGCAGGAUUGCAGGCAGGAAGUGUGGUUUCCAUGGUUACGACGGCAUCAGAGAGAAGUGAUGCAGAACCUGUUGGUUCCUCUGAGAACGUUAGUGAUUCAUUAGAUUGAUGACCUGAAAUAACUUCUAGAUCUGAUCAAUAACUGAUCAAUAACCAAUCGUCUAUAAUAAACAGAAGUGUUUAUUUUUACUUAAAUAAUAAAUUUCUAUGAAUAAACUGAAGAGCAGAGAGGAUGUUGGUGGAUUGUUGCUCACUGGAGAUACGACUGGCUGCAGGUUCACAGCUGUGGAUCGCCAUGGUAACGGUACCAUCUGAGCUCAGAACUGUUUUCGUUUUAAGUAAACGAGCUCUAAAUUUGACUCAGAUUCAAUAAAUCAGAAUAGUGCAGGAAGUUCAUUUAUUUAACUCAUUAAUGUUCAGCCAAUGAAAACAAGAUAAUAAUAUUACAUCAGAGCCGCCAAAACAUCUUAAUAGAGAAAUAUGGGAUUAAUAAAAAGUUUGUGGAAGAUAUGCUUAAAGCUUAUCCUUUAAAGAUUGUAUAGAUUUUAUUCAGAAUAAUGUGUUUCUCUCAUGAAUGAGGCAUAACAAGACGAAAUAGCUUUAAAAACAAAGUUUAAGCCCCUGUUUGUUUAUUGCUUGUUUCAUAAUUGAUGACUGCAUCAUGCUUUUAUAAUGUAAAGCACUUUGCUAAAAUGUUCUAUACUAAUAAACUUGACUGGAUUAAAAACUACUUGACUUGUAGCUGAUCAGACCAGAACCAAAUGUGAUUAAAGUCUGAAUUUAAGCUGAA